UGGGGGCUGACUACGCCACAGCGGCCACACACACGCACAUGACAAUCCGUCGCACACACGAGUCGUGCGCGCUCCUCUCUCUCUCUCUCUACUCCUUUUUUGUUUUUAUUGAUUUCUUCGCUUGUUUUGUUUAGCUUGCCGCUAGCGCAGGCAGUAUUGUACUUACUUUACUUUAGACUCCCUCAUGAUUUCCGCGUCGAACGAUUUUUCGCGAGUUCGCUGAAGAGCCUGCACGAUGACGAUGGACACGGUGAUAAAGUUGGAGCAGCCCGAGGACAUAUCCGACUUGAAGCCCAAAGCGCCGAGCAAUGAGAAGGACUUGAGAGACCACUUGACGGACAAUGGAGGCUUGUACGAUUUGAUUGUUAAACAAAUGAUCCAACAAGGGCACGAAGGAGAAUUGUGCAGCUGGUUGAAAGAAUCAAACUUGAUCAGGUCAAACAUGAACUGUCCCACAGAAGGCUGCAAUGGCAAGAGCCUGCAGUGGUCUCCGGCUAGAUCCAUUGAUAAAUACAGUUGGGUCUGUUUUGACUGCAAGAAACGGCAAAAUCUUAGGGAUAGUUCCUUUUUUUUGCAAAUUAAAUGUGACUUGAAAAUAUGCAUGCAACUGAUAGUAGCCUGGUGUCAAUCGAUACCAAGCGAUGUUGUCAUCAACCACUUGAAUGUGAAGCCUCAUGUAGUUAAGAGAGCCUAUGAAAAAUUAGGAAAGGUUACGGAGACCUAUGUUAUUAAACAUGCUAAAGACUGGGUACUUGGAGGAGGUGAAAAAAUAUUAAUAGUUGAUGAAUUUCCUGGAGGAUAUAUGGCAGAAACUGUAAGUACCCCAGUACCAAAGAAACGCAAUAACAACUGUCGUACAAUUCUAUGUAUUGCUGAAUGUCACAAUCUUCCACCAAGAAUGUGGAUGCACAUAAUAAAUGCUAACCCAGAGCCACCAAAAAAUGCAAAAAAUCAAACAACAACUAGAUGCGGUAUGGUCGAAGAGGCAUUGAAUGAGAUUCGGGCUCACGCAGUACCUGGAAGUUUCUUGAUAGCUAAUAAACGAGCGCGAUGUUGUAACUAUGAAGCACUGAAAGAAUUGCAAGAGUAUACAGUUUUAUGUAUUGAAGAUUUGCAGACCUAUGAUACUCCUGGAAAGAAUGAACUUCUUGCUAAUCUUGAGACUAUAUGGCAGACAGGAAUUGGAGUAUGCGAAGAAAUACAAGAUUCUACUCGUAGUAAUGGCCUUUCAAGCCUUUAUGAACAUUUAUGGAAACAAAAGUUUGCCACAACACCAUCAAAUGCCUUUACGCAUAUCAUUCAUCAUAUUGCUGAAUGUCAUCCACUUACGUAAGUGACUCUGUAAAGGAGUAUAGCGUGAAAACGUAGAUAUUGAUUGACAAAGACUAUAUUGAAAAGUUAUAUAUUUUCUGAGAGAUUUAAUGCGUGAACGAGGAUAGAAGUCUUCCAAAACUAUUUUUUACGCAUUGCACAAUUAAAAAUCACACAAGUGCCUAUGGGGAUAGUUAUAGAGUAGGUAAAAUUAUUAUUGUUGAUGAACUUUUAACAAAUUUAUACAAAAGUAAAACGCUCUUGCUAAAAGCGCAAGAAGAAUGAGGUAUUCAUAUAGAGCCAAAGAGGCUGAAGUAUUUACCACUUCCAUUUGAUACUUUUCAACAAUGCCUUGUCAUUUUUUAUAUUUAUUGAAUACAUCUGAUAUCGUUUAUUGUUAUCUUACUUACGUUAGUAUUACACAAAUUAUAUUUCUCUUUUUUUAUAUUUAAUUUAUUCUUCAGUUUUAAAAAUUGUACUUUUUAAGCACGAUUUCUAUAUUUUGUGGAUUAACAAUCAAACUAACAAAUAGAUGUUCUCGUAAUUCUGCAAAUAGAGUCACAUAAUCCACAAGUGCAAUUAAUUAUAAUUUAUUAAAACUAAACUUUCAUUUUAUAUUUAUUUGAGUUGUUUUGACCAAAGUUACAAAGUCUUGAGAAUGAAUUAGAAUUGGCAAGUACUUUGAUUAAUUGUAAGUUUAAUGAAAUAUAAGCAACAUGUUAUCACACAAAAUAAUAAUUUUAUUUGAAGCAUAUGAUGUGAUUAUUAUAAAACGUAAAUUUAAGAUCGUUAUUAAUGUGGAGUAUAAAAUAUAUAUCGACACAAUUUUAUGAUGACACUCAGUCAUAUCGAUUGAAACGUUGUUUUGUACCGUUUUGAGAUUGUGAACUUACGAUAUUGAACAAAUUGUGCCUUUAAUGAGUGGAGUAUAGGUCAGCAAUAACUAUUAUAUACACAACAAAUACAAAUGUAACAUUUUUCAUUAUAAACAUACUUUUAUACAUAUAUUUUAUAUAUGAUAUUAAAAUAAAUAAAUCGUUUUUCAUUCAA